UCUUAGAACAAAAAGAAACAAACAAUGAUAGAACAAGACAACAACCUCAAAAUCCCUGAACCAUUACGAGCCGACUGGUUCAUGGUUCUAGUCACCAUCCAAGCCGAUCUCAUCUACAACGCAUUACUUGUCUUAUCCUCACCUCUCUUUCUUCUCUACCGCUCCUACCGCCGCGCAGUUGCCACGGUCUCCACAGCCGAAAGAGCGGUUAAACGGGCUCCGUCCCGGAUUGCGGGUGGUGCGGGGCGUGCUGUUAGGAGGACAUGGUUUGGGAUAAUGGGUGCAUGCCACGUGUCAAUGGUGAUGGUGUUGGCCUUGAUUUUGGCGGUUGUUAUCGGUGUUGGGGUAGUGAGUUUGUAUGUUGAAAAGCCUGUGGUUGUGAGAGACAGAUUGUUCUUUGAUUACACAGAAGAAAACCCAAGUGCAGUUUUUAGUUUCGAUAAGAAGAAGAGAUCGUUUAGUGUUCCUGUUGGUCAUUAUGUUCAUGUCUCUUUACUGCUUUGGAUGCCUGAAUCUGAAAUUAAUCGAAGAAUUGGAGUUUUUCAGUUGAAGGUAGAGCUUUUAUCGUUGAAAGGUGAGACAAUAGCAAGAUCGAGCCAACCUUGUAUGUUACGGUUCAGAAGCAAACCUAUUAGACUUGCACGAACAUUUGUGAUGAGUGUUCCACUUAUAGCUGGCAUAGCGAACGAAGCACAAACAAUGAGAAUCGAUGGGCUAAGGCACCAAGAGAAAUGGCCCCGAACAAAAGCCGUGAGAGCCACUCUGAUUCCGCGUGCGCAAACCCGAACAUUGCCUCAGCUAUACGCAGCUGAGAUCGUUAUAAACUCGAGACCUCCAUGGAUCAAACGAAUGGCUUAUAACUGGAAAUGGACUCUUUGCGUAUGGACUUCAAUGUAUCUGUACGUCCCUAUUUUAACCUCGCUUCUAUGGUGUUUUAGACCAGUUUUGUUCCCUUACACUGCUUCAAGAACCAUCGGGGAGAGCGAAAACUCAGAGAUCGAGCUAGUUCAAGAAGAAGAAGAAGAAGUAGUAAUAGAAAGAAGACGGAGGGAAAGAAGAAACCAACCUCGUCGAAGAAUUGCUGCUACACAGAAAACUUAUACAUAGUUACGAAGAUACUUGGUUUCUUUUUUGUUUUCUUGUCAAAUUCUGCUAUGUCAUACGCGAUGCGAUAGUAAUAUAACAAGUCACCAAAAAGAGUUGUGAAUACAUUAAUUUUUCGGUUUAAUGUAGUCAGCAAUUUUGAACAA